AUGUCUCUUUCAGGUUCACGCAUUUCAACUUCGUCCUCGCGAACAACAGAGUUUACGGAAUUUCAUCAUCACCAAAAGGAUGAUGAAGAGGAGAACGAUAUUAUGGGUCGUUCAUCAUCACCUUCAUCAUCAUUGCGACGACCAGUACUACUUAGGCCUGAGCUCGGAGAAAGAGUAGCACGUGAUAAUGGUGGUGGUGGAGGUGGUGGUUGGGAACAUUGGCCACAACCUUCCACCUUGGACCAUUCAAACUCCAAUUUGCUUCCUCCCGAUGGUAAUUCUUCUCGACAAGAACGUGCAACACACAUUCCUUCAUUAGCCUUACCUCGUUCAUAUUGCUGCGCGGAUAAACUGCAACAACAAUCACUUCACCGAUUCAACAGUAUUACAAACAUCAUUCACCUUGAUGAUUCCGCGACCAGUAACGACACUUGGCAAUGCGCCAAAAGUUCAUCUUCGUCGCAAUCAUGCCGAGAUCAAAUAGCCUCUACCAAGAGGCUGCUGGAAGAAAAACGAUCAUUCUCGCCAGUAAAAUCAAGGCUUUCACCGAAAAGAAAGACUUUGUCAAACGCUCGUGGUUCUCCUCCGUACUCCUUAUGGAGAAGAAGGACAAGCUUGAAAAAACAAGAAUGCAUCGAACAUUUAUAUACCAUUUGCACAGAAUCGUCGAGCAUUCAGGAUGAGAAUGAGCUCAUGGAUUCGUCUAAUAUUGAAACAAGCUCUCUAAGCUCCUUAAACUCUAACCCUCGUUUGCAAAUCCCCUCCUCUAGUGAUCACUUGCCUGCCAUUUCCACUCUAGAUACAUCUCCUUCAUCGUCGUACACAAAAGUAUUUCUUCCUCAAUGUCAACGACGACCGUCUCUGCCCAACUCAGAGAACAAACACGCCACUCCUGAAACCCAAAAUACCAAUUCGUUUGAAGAAAUUAUGGAUGACCUAAAGGAUUUUUUAAAGUUUUUGCACAUUUCAUUUAUUGGGGGCGAUUUUUCUGAAUAUGCAAGUGCGUUAACAAGAGAAACACACUAUUUGUUCAUGAAGUCUUUUAAAUAUUUGAAUAUUAUUUUGGGGUUGUCUGUAAUUUUAAUGAUAUACUAUUUCAAGAAAGAAUCUUGUUCCAUGGCAUUAAUUUGCUUUACAACUUUAUUCGAGCCAAUGAUCCAUCUGUGCUGUACUUGGCUAACCAUUUCUAAAGUGAAAACUUUAAGCCAGAAAAAACGUCUAACUAUUUCACGAUGUUUGGCCUCUACCUUGAUUGCAUUCAUUGUUCACACUUACUAUCAAGUGACUUUGCUUUAUAUGGUCACACUUACUAAGAUCAUUGUAUUUUGCUUCUUUUUUAAUGAAUCUCUAGGAACAACAAUAUUUAACUGUUGCAUCAUGACCUUCUUUACCACAGUUGCUUUGAUUUGCACAAGCACUCCAUGGUUCACAAUAUUCGAAAUUACCACGAUGCUCAUUUUUGUAUCAACCAUGAAUAUUUUUAUUUCCAAUAUUCAGGCUUUAGAAAGAGACAGUAGCUUGAGGGAAAAACUUGAACAUUUGCAAGAAAAGAUCUUAAGCCAGGAAAAAACAAAAUUUAUUGGAAAUUUGUCGCAUGAAGCAAGAAAUCCACUCCAUGGAAUUUUAGGAGCAGCAACGAUAUUGAAAAACGAAUAUGAAAAAUGUGAAAGCCCUUGCAAACACAAGAGAGGUGGCCGUAGAAAGAACAGUUUGCUGCUCCAAAAAGAUCCAAAAGCCUCAGAUCAUGAAGAUGGACUCAGUGACACGGAUUCAACAUCAAGUGAUGGCACAUCCCAAUCUCAUAUUGAGCUAGUGAAUGAUAUUUAUAACAAUGCAAAUAUAUUGCUUCAGGUUUUCAGUACUUCACUUCAGUUAUCAAGUUUAGAGAUUGGAAAUUUCAAUCUUCAUUAUGAAGCAUUUUCUGUGCAACAAUUGGUUGAGUCGGUUACUUCUGUGUUUUAUAACAUAGCCAACGACAAGAAGGUUGUCCUUCAUUCAUACGUGAACCGUAAUAAUAUGCCUUUACAAGUCAUUGGAGAUCAUGUGAGAAUUUCGCAAGUACUAAUGAAUUUAGUUUCAAAUUCCAUUAAGUAUUCACUUCCAUCCGGUGGUUAUGUGGUAUUAAGUUGCUCCUUAUGUGAAGAUAAAGAAUUGAUAGAAGAGUUCAAAAUUGACAAGCAAUGCAUCAUAAAUGCUGUGCUUCAAGACAAUCCUGAUUUUUCAGAAGACGAGAAAUUUGUGUUCUUAAAAUUUGAAUGCAAAGAUAACGGAAAGGGAAUUAAGCCAGAGAGCAUCAAAGACUUAUUUCAGCCCUAUAAAACCAUUCAGGAUGCACAUGUUCAGAGUGAUGAGAGUGGCAUCAGUCCUAGUGUAGAAUCUUCAGGCUCUCUUUUCGAUCAAUAUUAUCUCAAAUCGAUGCACAAAAGUUCCAGCAACUCAGGAUUAGGCAUGUUGUUGACAAAUAGAAAUGGAAUUGGAUUGAGCAUUUCAAAAAGAUUGGUAGAUAGAAUGCACGGAACUAUAGCUGUCAGUAGCAAGAUAGCACAUGGGUCGUCUGGCACGAUCAUCACCAUCCUUGUGCCUGUUAGACUUGGAAAAGAUGGCCCUAUUGGGGUUGGUGGAAACAGCAAUGAAUCUAUUUUACAAGAUGAAGACAUGUAUGCUUUGAAAACCAAAUUGUCUAAUUUUACAAUCUAUUUGGUGGAUUCUGAUCAUAUAUUCUUGGACAUUUUUGAAAAGUACUUAUUAUUUGCAAAUCAAGAAUGUCACAUUGUCAAAAUACCUAACAUUUCUACAGAACUUCAUUUUCCUCCCAACGAACACAAAAAAGCCCUCAUCAUCUAUAAGGAAGAUGCACACAAACAAGUCAAGAACCUAUUUACCUCGUUCAACAGCUCACAUAGAAUUUUAAUGCCAAUAUCUACUCGUGGAAGAACCAGAAAAUAUCCAAAUCUUCUCUAUAUUACCAAACCUCUUAAAAUUGAGGAAAUGUAUCACACUAUAGCUCAACAACUCAUAAGUUUUUGUGAGAGAGAAGUUCAGAAGCAAUGUCAACAGAAUAAUACCAUCAUUAUACCAGAGGUCUCAAUUACAAUAGAUGGAAGUGUUUCAGAAAUUCCCAAACAAGACAACCCAAUACCUUCUUCUAACUCCAAUGAAAGCAGUUGCUCUCAAAAAGAAGCACCAGUAUUAGUCGUUGAUGACAAUCAAGUGAAUAGAAAAGUAAUGACUAAAAUGAUGCAUAUGUUGGGAUACAAGAAUGUAGAGAGCGCAUCCGAUGGAAAAGAAUGUUUUGAGAUGUUUCGAACUAAACAGUAUUCAGUCAUUUUAAUGGACCUACUCAUGCCAAACAUGUGUGGAAAACAAUGUGUUUCCUUGAUAAGAGAGUAUGAAAAGACAAACGAUUGCAUGCAUGUUCCUGUCAUAGCCGUGACUGCAAAUAUUUGGGAAAAUGUCACAUCAUUAUCUGAGAUUGGAUUUGACUCGGUCUUGUACAAGCCAAUAUUAUUGACAAAACUUAGGGAAGUUGUCGAGAAGAGCGUUUCGAAAGUAGAAGUCGAUCAAGUUUAA